AUGAAUCUAUGGCUAUUAGCCUUCGCGGCUCUGGAUGCCGUGCCAAAAGUGUUGGGUCAGGAUGCUGGCUCGGCCGAUGCCUCUGCCCUCCAAGCUGUGGCUGAGAUGCCUCCAUGUGCUCGAGAGUGUCUUGUCAAGUCAAUUUCCAAGUCACCAUGCGAUUUGACAAACACAACUUGCGUAUGCACAAAUCCGACGUUGCAGCAGGCCAUGCAGGCAUGCGUCUUACAGAGCUGCACCAUCAAACAAGCCUUAUCAACGAUGAAUUUAACAGCUGUUGGCUGUGAUCAACCUAUCAGAGAUCGAUCUCGAUCAUAUGUUAUCCUCAACGACGUCUUCGGCACCGUCUCCGGUAUCUUUGUGCUUCAACGGAUUGCUUACAAACUCUGGUCCAAUGUAGGCCUGGGUGGUGACGAUUGGAUGGCUGUUUCUACCAUUUUAGUUGGAAUCCCAAGCACUGUUAUCGGCGUCUAUAAAGUGUCUGACCACGGCCUGGGUCGCGAUAUCUGGACUCUGACGCCCUCGCAGAUUACCAAUUUUGGCCUUUACUUCUGGAUUAUGGAGAUACUCUAUUUUCUUGAAGUCUCCAUGCUUAAGCUGUCUCUUUUGCUCUUCUAUAUCCGCAUCUUCCCCGGCAAAUCAGUGCGAGGCCUUCUUUGGGCCACAUUCGCCGCCUGCUCAGCUUUUGGUAUCUCUUUCGCCCUAGUUGCUGUGUUUCAAUGUACACCGGUCAAAUUUUACUGGGAGAAAUGGGACGGGGAGCACAAGGGCACGUGUUUAAACAUCAAUUCCAUUGCCUGGUCAAAUGCCGCCAUUAGCAUAGCGAUCGAUAUAUGGGUACUGGCCAUUCCCCUAUGGCAGCUUAAAAGCCUCAACUUGGACUGGAGACGCAAGGUUGGUGUCGGAAUGAUGUUUUGCAUCGGUGCUUUCGUUACUGUUGUCAGUAUUCUACGUCUUCGGUCCCUUAUCAAAUUCGGUUCCGAUAGCCUUAAUCCUACCUGGGAUUUCUUUGACGUUAGCGUCUGGUCCGUUGUGGAGAUUAACACUGGUCUUGUCUGUGUUUGCUUGCCUUCUCUCCGCGUCCUGCUUGUUCGCCUGUUCCCUAAGCUCCAGGGAACGACAGAACGGUAUGGAAGGAGCUCAAGACGCAAUCGAUCGUCAAAUAAACGAGCGAGCCGCCUUCCCUUGGGACAUAGUGCCGGGUCACAGGUGGAUAGAUCACACUCUCAUCCCGAUAUCGGACCCAACCGGAUCGCCUAUCAAAGAUCAUAUACAGUUGAAUAUGGAGAUACCGAUGAGGUUCAACUUGUAUCUAUACAUGAUAAACAGAGCGCCAAGUCAGACGCCAGAUCGGAUAUUUCAUGA